UUAUUGGACAAGUGUACCUAACUUCAGCGAGAAAUCAUUUAAAAUUUAUGAAUUACGGAAUUUGGAAUCAACAAACAACAAAAAAACGUAAUGUUGAAACAGUAAACAGUCUACAGAAUUUAAGCUUAUGUUUCGGAAAAUUUAAAGCUUAUAGGAGUAAAAUCUAACUGCUGUCUAUUAGUAUAAGUAAUUUAAGUAUAAAAGAAAAAUGUCCAGUAAAUAAUAUCACUCUACUUUAGUAUAUUGUAAAUAAUUAUAUUUUACAAAAUAGCAAUGGAAAAUUCUAAGUGUAAUUCAGAAAUUACUAAAGAAGACACCAAGUCUGAAAAAAAUAAUACAGUAGUUGGCGACAAUUGUUACAAAUUAAGCACCAAUAUUGAUGCAAAUGAUUUAGAUAAAGAAACAGCAGAAAAAUUGAAAGGGGACACAAUAGGAGACACUUUGUACAGCCAGUCGUUUGUGUUGAAGACUCUUUUGCAGUUUUCAGAAUUGCAGUGGAAUGAACAAGUUGAAGAAGACUUGUGUUUUUUGUGGGACAUGACAGUGGAGAAGGAUGUGUGUGAGUUCUUACUUGGUAUAUCCUAUCCUUCCAUAACUGCAGCAGCAGUUGUUCAGCAUAGUGAGAACAAUAGAUUUGUUGAGAUUGUUAUUGGUGUUUUAGCUAAUGUAUUUUGCUCGGGUUGUGAUAAUAGUAUGACCAAAGAAGAAAUUGCUAUUGUAUUGAGCCUACUACAGUCAGACGACCCAUUAGUAUUAGUUCAAGUUAUGAGAUUUAUUUCAUUAUCUGUGGAAAGUUCAGAUUUGAUGAUUUCUUUAGUAGAUGAGGACAUUUUUGAGCAGUUAUGUUUUAUUUUAAAAAAUUCUGUAAACACUGAUCUUCUCUUAAAAACAAUGGAAGCAGUUGCUAAGUUAACUACUAAUUUUAGGAUAAAAGAAGCACUAGUAACUUAUAAUGUGUAUGAUUCAGUGAUGAUCUGUUAUAACACUUUAAUGAAAAUGGAUGGGGAUCAAUUUGAUCCAGAUACAAAAGAAAAAGUCUCAUCUAUAAGAUACAUGGUAGAAAUAAUUGUAAAUGUUUAUACUUUUAUUGAACGUUUUGAAAAAAAUGAAUUGCUCUCACAAAUUCAAGCAAAUUCUAAUAUUUUUGUUAAUGAAAUCUUGAAAAUUCUUGGUUUUUUCUGUCUUCAAGAAAACCUACUACCAAUAACAGACAAUUUAACAUUUAUUAUGUCUGCCAUUAGUUAUACAUACACAAAUCUCAAAUUGAAUUAUUUACCAGAUAUAUUUUUGUCUGUGACAAAAAUUUUAGAGCAACUUAUCGAUAUUAAAGACGAAGUGGGGGAUAUUUUCGACUCUACUUUAGAACUACAGUGUUAUUUGAUAUCGUGUACCAAACAAGAAGACAUUCAUAGAGACUUAAAAUGUUUAUCAAGGAGUACAGUUAAAAAGGUUUUAAAUGUGGUGAAUGAGAAUUUUAGUAAAUAUAGUUUAAGUUCAGAUAUUAGUGAUUCUUUGUUGAAAUAUUAUAAACAACUAAGGUAAUUUAAAUAUAAAUAUUUUAAAUAAAAAUUGUUGUUUAUAGUUAUAUUUGAAUCUAUGGGUAGAGGGGUCAGAAAAUUAAUCCAAAUAAUUGUUUCAAGCAAAUUUUGUUGGGGUCUGAGUUGAAAUCACUCAGAUAAAUAUCGUGAUCUUUGUGUACAAGAAAAAAAUAAGUGUUGGAAGAAUAUGGAAUGUAUUGCUUAUAUUUGCAACUUUUUGAUUUAUUCAAACAUAUCAUAUUAGUUUCUUUCCAAAACACAACAAUCUAAAAAACUUUAAUUUUUUAAAAAUCUUAUUUUUUUUUUUAAUGGCAUGGACUUUACGUCAAUCAGCCAGUCACAACAUGACUAAUAUAUCAAGAAGAACAAAUAUUUAAAGAGACCGCAAGUUCAUAAAAUAUCAAUAACGUAGAAAAAUGAGUUCAGUAGCUGUUGAGACGUAAUUGAAGUACUGAAAUAAAAAGAUGGUACUAAGGUAAGCUAACUAUAGCCUCCUUUCAACAUCAUAGGUGUGUUCAAAAAUGAUCUACAAUAAUUUAAUAACAAUCAUCAUCAUCUUGGUGCUACAGCCCUUAGAGGGCCUCGACCUUCUCAAGCUUUCUACACUAUUCUGUUCUGUCCCUUGCUUGCAUUUUCCAGUUGCCGACUCCGAUCUUCUCGGCAUCUUGUGUUACCCCGUCCAUCCACCUCAGCUUUGGUCUACCCCAUCUUCUCAUUCCCACGGGUUGCGCUGUUAGAAUCUUUUUUAUCAUGUUUGAUUCAGGGGCCCGGGCUACAUGUCCUGCCCACUGCAGGCGGUUUCGCUUAAUUAUAGCAAAGAAUACAUAUCUCCCAAGAACCGACACAAACGGAUUAUCUAUGAACUAAAUUUUUAUGCGCAUGUGUCAGAUCGGCCAUUUCUCAAUUUGUAUGAAUAGCAAAUAAUUUUGGUGACAUUUGUCUUGUACAGGAUCGGCGUUUGUUGUCACAGUUGUUUGUUUGGCUUGGCUUGGCGUUAGUAUUUUGUUUUUGUAUCAGUUUGUAGCUCAUAAUAUUUUGUAUAGACUUAUUUUCUAUAUAUAUUUUCUUAUAUAGCCUACAACUAUUAAUUGUUAUUUUCCAACAUUUAUACAAUUUAAUUCUUUUUGAGAUAUCUUGAUUAUGUGAAUUCAUUAUUUUAAGCUUUUUCAUGAACUAUAAACUAUCGUAUAAAAAAUUAAUUUUGUAUUUAUUGGGAUUUCACAAAGAAUUUGAAUCUAAAAUAUCAUACAAAUUCUCUAACCUUUCUUUGACCUCUACUGUACCAAAUGCAUCUGCAGGAAGAGCACAUAGUCAUAUUUUAUAUGUGUUCAUUCCACAAGCCACGUGCUGUGUUUAAAAAGUUGAGAAUCCAAUACUCACAAAAACUUCCAUAAAGUACUUUUAUCAGCAAACCUAAAUUAAAUUUAAUAAACUAUGUUUCAUUAAAUUGUUUCUGUAGUUUGUAUAAAACAAUAACUUAGGUCAAAUAUAUAAAACAAUUUAUGACUGACUACUUGAAAUUCAGGAUUUUCAGGAGUAACAUUAUAUAAUUUAGCUAAUUCAAAAAGUUUGAUCCAAUAUCACUUGAAAUUGUUUCAACAUACAAGUUAAUGCUUGAUAAUUGACAAUACACUCUUCAUAACAGGUUUACAUUCUCUUGAUUAUACUUGCGUUCCAACAAAAAAAGCUAAAGGCUGCUUUCAUAUGGAAUAUAAGCUUCUGACCAUAAUGAUCAAAACGUUUCCAUAUAUAUAUUAAUUAAUAUAUUAAUUAAAAAAAUUACUUUUUCUCUUUUCUCGAUUGCUUAUUAGUUUUUAUUGUAUACUAUAUAUAUAUUUUUUCAGUUAUUACAUCUUUAUAUUUAUAGAAAUAAAAUAGUACAAUACUUAUUGGUUUUUUAUUUAUUUACCCCGAUAUUCGACUUUAAAGAAUGUACUGGCUGGUUUUGGCUGGAAUGUACGGAAUGUUUUGGCUGGUUUCCAAGACAAUAAAAAUUGAAAAUAUUGACAUUCGAUUUUAACAUACAGUUUCUUGUUGUUGAUCACGAACAUUUGUCAUCCAAAAAGAAUUGGAUUCAAAUAACGAAUAUAAUGAAUUAGGAGAUACCUCGACAAACAAGUAAUUGGUCCUAGGUUUUCACCCAAAGUAAUCGAAAGUAGAACUGGAAGUCGAUAUUGGAACUCUUCGUGUAACUUUGCGUCGAUUGAUCUACGAUUUUACUAAUUUUGUCAUCUUGUUUUACAUUCAUAUCAUAUUUUGAGUGACUUUAAAGCAGUACCUACGGUUGUAACUCUAAAACCGAAGUCCGAUGUCAAAUUUCUCAUCUUUAAUACCAUCCAUGGGUUAUAAGCUUUCAUUCGACACCUCAUUUGUCAUUCUAUCUGUAUUAGUAACUGAGGAGUUGUAUUCGCGGUCGGACGGACAGACAGUCAU